CUACCAUCACUCCUGCCACUUCUUCCAGCUCUUCGUACAACAGCAUUGUCAUUUAAUCACCAUCGCCACCGCCACUAGUCCUCCCAUACUCCUCUCCUUGCCGCUGAGCAUUGCCUCUGACCGCGUCUCUCCACCUCGGCCUUGCCUUGGGGCGUAUCCCCGCCUCUUCACGAGAUGGCCUCCUGGCUCUCCCCACUGCUCACCUCGUCCCUAGAUGUAGACGUCCGCCUUCUAGAUGGCACGGUGCCAGCAGAUCAGAGUAGGAAGCAGAUUGAAGUCAAGGUGGACAAGGACAGGAGGGAAAUGUGCACAGUCUACUUUGAUGGUGAGACGGUACAGGGUGAAGUGGUGAUUAGGAGUAGGGACGGCAAGAAGUGGGCUCACGAUGGACUCAGGAUCGAGUUUGUCGGCAGCAUCGAGCUCUUCUACGACCGCAAUCACCAUCACCCCUUCCUCUCCCUCUCUCGCUCCCUGGCACCAGCAACACCUUCCAACGCUCCCUCCCUCGUCAUCCCCUUCUCCUUCCCAAACGUCGAGAAGCCGUACGAGUCCUACCAUGGUAUCAAUGUACGCCUACGGUACUUCCUCAGGGUGACGUUGAAUCGGAGAAUGGCGAGCGGAGGUGAUAUUCUAAAGGAAAAGGAGCUCUUUGUACAAAGUUACAGGAUCGCACCAGAGGCGAACAAUGCAAUCAAGAUGGAAGUGGGGAUCGAGGACUGUCUGCACAUCGAGUUCGAGUACAACAAAAGCAAAUAUCAUCUCAAGGAUGUCAUCGUCGGUAAAAUCUACUUUCUGCUGGUCAGAAUCAAGGUCAAGCAUAUGGAGCUUAGCAUCAUCAGGAGAGAGACGACGGGCAGCCCGCCCAAUCAGUACAACGAAAGCGAAACGAUUACGAAGUUCGAGAUCAUGGACGGAGCUCCCGUCAGAGGCGAGACUAUUCCUAUCCGGCUGUUCCUAGGUGGCUUUGACCUCACUCCGACCUUCAGAGAUGUGGCCAAGAGAUUCUCGACUCGCUACUAUCUCAACCUGGUUCUCAUCGAUGAGGAGAACCGUAGGUACUUCAAGCAGCAGGAGAUCACUGUGUACCGGAUACCCGAGAACUGAGGCCGCACUAGCCAGUGCGUUGCUUCGAUCCCUAUCAUCGGACAGCCUGCCUGUGUGAGCCUUCUGCGCUUAUUAACCCUGUCAUUGUUACUCUCGUCGCUCUUU